UGCAGUCUGCAAAUGUUUUCCCCUUCUUGUCCUCCUCCUUGGUCUUCUAACUUCCCCUCCUCUGACAGGGGAGAUAAAUUCUAGAGAAAACAAAACUGAGAAUGCUAAGUUGGCACUCUCACUUCCUCUCACCCUUUAGCCCAGAACAUCUUUGAAUACAGUAACUUCAGAGAGGCACCCACCGGGAGAGAAGAGACCAGUAUCAGGGGACUUUUCCCUGCCCAGGAGUAACAGUUCGUCAUGGUUUCUCAUGGCCUCCGCUGGAUACAGAAAAUGCCAGGAUGAUACCACGCCUGGCUGGGACCCUGAUCCUAGCCACGGUGUUCCUCUCCUGUCAGAAAACAGAAAGCUUCCAUCCCUGCAUAGAGGUUCAUCCUAACAUUACAUACCAAUGCAUGGAGCAGAAGCUCUACAGAAUCCCAGACAACAUUCCUUCUUCAACCAAGAACUUGGAUCUGAGCUUCAACCCUCUGAAGAGCUUAGGGAGCCAUAGCUUCUCUAAUUUCCCAGAACUACAGGUGCUGGAUUUAUCCAGGUGUGAAAUUGAGACAAUUGAAGAUGAUGCGUAUCAGGGCUUAUACCAGCUCUGGAUCUUGAAACUGACAGGAAACCCUCUUCAGAGGUUAGCUCCAGGAAGCUUUUCUGGACUGUCAAGUUUACAGAAUCUGGUGGCUGUGCAGAUAAACCUAGCCUCUCUAGAGAGCUUACCAAUUGGACAUCUCAUAACUUUAAAGAAGCUCAAUGUGGCUCACAAUCUUAUUCAUUCCUUCAAGUUACCUGAAUAUUUUUCCAAUCUGACCAACCUAGAACAUGUGGACCUUUCCAAAAACAAUAUUAAAACUAUUUUCCUUAAAGACUUACAGGUUCUACAUGAAAACCCCCAACUCAAUCUCUCUUUAGACCUGUCUCUGAACCCAAUUGACUACAUUCAACUUGGUGCCUUUAAAAACAUUACUCUCCAUGAACUGACUCUGAGAAGUAAUUUUAAUAAUACAAAUGUAAUGGAAACUUGUAUUGAAAAUCUGGAGGGUUUAAAAGUUCAUCGGUUGAUCCUGGGAGAAUUUAAAAAUGAAAGGAAUGUGGAAAGGUUUGACAGAUCCACCAUGAAAGGAUUUUGCAAUGUGACCAUUGAUGAAUUCCGACUGACAUUUAUGGAUGAGUUCUCAGGGGAUGCUACUGACUUCACAUGUUUAGAAAAAGUUUCUGCACUAUCUCUGGUGAGUCUGUAUAUUAAAAAUCUAAAACACAUUCCUAAAACCUUCAAAUGGCAAUCCUUAUCAGUAAUUAAAUGUAGAGUUGACUCUUUUCCCUCUCUGGUGCUUCCUUUUCUUAAAAGUUUGAUUUUCACUAUCAACAAAGAUGCUAACAGUUUUUUCGAAAUGGAACUCCCAAGCCUUGAGUUUCUAGAUCUCAGUAGAAAUGGCUUGAGUUUCAUGGGUUGCUGUUCCCAUUCUGAUCUGGGUACAACCAGACUGAAGCAUUUGGAUCUCAGCUACAAUGGUGUCAUCUUCAUGAGUUCAAACUUUAUAGGUUUAGAACAGCUAGAAUAUCUGGAUUUCCAGCACUCCACUUUAAAAAAGGCCACCGAAUUCUCAGUGUUCUUAUCCCUUGGCAAACUCCUUUACCUUGACAUCUCACACACCGGCACAAGGAUUGAUUUCGAUGGUAUCUUUCAUGGCUUGGUCAGUCUUAACAUCUUAAAAAUGGCUGGCAACUCUUUCAAGGACAACACCCUAUCAAAUGUUUUCACAAACCUGACUAAUUUGACAUACCUGGACCUUUCUGAAUGUCAGCUGGAACAGGUGUCUCAGGGAGUAUUUGACACACUUCCUAGACUUCAGUUACUAAAUAUGAGUCACAACAAACUAUUGUUAUUGGAUGCACUUUGUUAUAAACAUCUCUACUCACUACAGGUUCUGGACUGCAGUUUCAAUCACAUAGAGACUUCCAAAGGAGAAAUACUUCCACAUUUUCCUAAGAGUCUAGAUUUCUUAAAUCUUACUAAUAAUUCCUUUUCUUGUAUGUGUGAACAUCAGACCUUCAUGCAGUGGGUCAAGGAUGAGAAGCAGCGCUUGGUGGAUGUUGAACAAAUGAAAUGUGCAACACCUUUAGGACUGACCGGCAUGCCUGUGCUGAGUUUUAGGAAUUCCACUUGUCAGAUGAGCAAGACUAUCAUCAGUGUGUCUGUGAUUAGUGUGCUCGUGGUAUUCACUGUAGCAUUUCUGGUCUAUAAAUUCUAUUUUCACCUGAUGCUUAUUGCUGGCUGUAAAAAGUAUGGCAGAGGUGAGAGUACCUAUGAUGCCUUUGUCAUCUACUCGAGCCAGGAUGAGGACUGGGUGAGAAAUGAGUUGGUAAAGAAUUUAGAAGAAGGGGUUCCCCCCUUUCAGCUCUGCCUCCACUACAGAGACUUCGUUCCCGGUGUGGCGAUCGCUGCUAACAUCAUCCAGGAAGGAUUCCACAAAAGCCGGAAAGUUAUCGUGGUGGUGUCUCAGCACUUUAUUCAGAGCCGCUGGUGUAUCUUUGAAUAUGAGAUUGCUCAAACCUGGCAGUUUCUGAGCAGCCACUCAGGCAUCAUCUUCAUCGUCCUGGAGAAGGUGAAGAAAUCCCUGCUGCGGCAACAGGUGGAGCUGUACCGCCUCCUCAGCAGGAACACCUACCUGGAGUGGGAGGACAACAUGCUGGGGAGGCACAUCUUCUGGAGAAGACUCAGGAAAGCCCUGCUGGAUGGAAAAGCGUGGAGUCCCGAGGCAGAUGGUGACCAACACGAAGCAACAACUUCUAUCUAGGGCACUUUUAGCCUUGCUGGGUCCAACACUCAUUCUAUUAACAAGUUUUAAAUGUUGUAGCUUACCAGGGAUUCUGCUGUGGACAGUGAGUGGUUCAGUGGCACCCAAGACUGCACAAGACAGGGAUCCUCAUGGAGCUCACCCUGCAGAGGGAACAAAUAUUGAGCAAAGCUGUACCUUUCAGGUGUAUAUUUUAACUAACCCACACAAAGACUCAUAAUAAAGGAAGUCAAUUCAACUCCUAUCAUAUCAAAGAGAAUGAGAGGAGGCUGAGCCCCAGUGAGAGCAGACAGGGGCUUUGUUCUUACCCUUAGCCUUCUGAAUGGAAGUUACAACAUAUAUUAUGUUUUAGCUACCUUAUAAAAUAAUUUUGUAGUUUCAGCUGAUCUGAGUGUUUGUUUACUUUCCAUUUGUGUAGUGAAUACAAUUUAAAUUCUACUGGAUCUCUCAGAGUAUUCCCGAUUCAAUAUUUCCCUUUCAUUUUAUAUCAUUUUUCUUUUGUAACUAAUUCUUCAGAAAACUUGAUUAAUAUAUGUUCAUAAAUAUCCUAGUCAUUGCCUCAUAUGCUCUAUUUAUUUAAAGUUUCCUAAUAUAUUUUUAUUUUUAUAAAUUCAGUUAUCAUUUUUCAUGUCUUGUCUAUAAACUCAUCAUAAAUAAGGCUGUUAGAGAUAUGCUAGGAAUGCCCAUAUUUAACUGUUUUUCAAGCAAAUUUGUAAAAUAUACUGUCACUUUGUCA